AGAAUUCAAAAAUCAUGGACCGACUUCGUACCUGGUCUCCGCGAAGCACGGUCGCGCAACUUGGGAGAGGUUGAGGACGAUCUCCUGUGGCUCGAGUCGCCGUCCCCUUCCAAGAACACGCCGGGCUCGAGAGAACACGCUUCUUGCAAGCUCGCCGUCCCCUUUCAAGAACACGCUUCUCGCAAAAAGUGCGGCGACCACCUCUGUAAUUUUGGGGCAAACCUCCGCGGCGCAACGCCUCAGCUUACUGAUCGAUGAUAGAUUUUUCCGUUGUGGCCGCUGAGCUGGUGCGUUCCGGCAGUCUUGCGGCAGUACUAGUCAACGCAGUUUCGCGCACUGCGGCACGCCGUUUCGCGCCUUUGUGAGCGCGAUUCCUGUCGUGAAGGACGCCAACGGACGGGCUGCGUGCGGCCCCGCCGCAGAAAAUCCCGCCGUUUGGAGGAAAUGCGCUGGACGCCGAGCAAGACGCUGUGAAUGAGCCGCGCAAACAGCUCCACGAACGGCACGCGGCCGGGUCUCUGCCUGAAGCUCGCACGCACGU